CCCAGGUGACCACGCCGGCCUCAGGUCAUGCACGGACACAGCCGUAACGGGCAGGCCCAUGUGCCCCGGCGGAAACGCCGCAACCGCUUUGUCAAGAAGAACGGCCAGUGCAACGUCUACUUCGCCAACCUGAGCAACAAGUCCCAGCGUUACAUGGCGGACAUCUUCACCACCUGUGUGGACACGCGCUGGCGCUACAUGCUCAUGAUCUUUUCCGCGGCCUUCCUCGUCUCCUGGCUCUUCUUCGGCCUCCUCUUCUGGUGCAUUGCCUUCUUCCACGGUGACCUGGAGGCCAGCCCCUCGGUGCCUGCUGCAGGAGGCCCGGGGGGCAAUGGCGGGGCAGCCCCGACGGCCCCCAAACCCUGCAUCAUGCAUGUGAACGGCUUUUUGGGAGCCUUCCUGUUCUCGGUGGAGACCCAGACGACCAUCGGCUACGGGUUCCGGUGUGUGACGGAGGAGUGCCCGCUGGCCGUCAUCGCGGUGGUGGUCCAGUCCAUCGUGGGCUGUGUCAUCGACUCCUUCAUGAUCGGCACUAUCAUGGCCAAGAUGGCACGGCCCAAGAAGAGGGCACAGACGCUGCUGUUCAGCCACCACGCGGUCAUCUCGGUGCGUGACGGCAAGCUCUGCCUGAUGUGGCGCGUGGGCAACCUGCGCAAGAGCCACAUUGUGGAGGCCCACGUCCGCGCUCAGCUCAUCAAGCCCUACAUGACCCAAGAGGGUGAGUACCUGCCUCUGGACCAGCGGGACCUCAACGUGGGCUAUGACAUAGGCCUGGACCGCAUCUUCUUGGUGUCCCCCAUCAUCAUCGUGCAUGAAAUCGAUGAGGACAGUCCGCUGUACGGCAUGGGCAAGGAGGAGUUGGAGUCGGAAGACUUCGAGAUUGUGGUCAUCCUGGAGGGCAUGGUGGAGGCCACGGCUAUGACCACGCAGGCCCGCAGCUCCUACCUGGCCAGUGAGAUCCUGUGGGGUCACCGGUUCGAGCCCGUGGUCUUUGAGGAGAAGAGCCACUACAAGGUGGACUACUCACGGUUCCACAAGACCUAUGAGGUGGCUGGCACGCCCUGCUGCUCGGCCCGUGAGCUGCAGGAGAGCAAGAUUACGGUGCUGCCCGCCCCGCCGCCCCCUCCCAGUGCCUUCUGCUAUGAAAAUGAGCUGGCCCUCAUGAGCCAGGAGGAAGAGGAAAUGGAAGAGGAAGCGGCUGCUGCAGCAGCCGUGGCUGCAGGCUUGGGCCUGGAGGCGGGUUCCAAAGAGGAGGCAGGCAUCAUUCGGAUGCUUGAGUUUGGUAGCCAUCUGGAUCUGGAGCGCAUGCAAGCCACCCUCCCGCUGGACAAUAUUUCCUACCGCAGGGAGUCUGCCAUCUGA